AAUUUUAUAGAAAACUGGUGUACAGAUUAAAAAAAAUGUGUAAAAGGGGCGCGUUUCGUUUAUUGGGGUGUGAGUGGUGACAGCUGUGCACCGAAACACACGUGGUACGCAAGUGGCAGUGAAUGGCUCAUAAAGAUCUCCACAGCCACCAGCGAGAGAACUUGAUGACCCGUCACCGUCCGGCAAGAAGACGCUCCUGUGUUGGCCUGGUGAAGAAGUGUCGGGUGACAAGACACGACGCUUACCGCUGGAUAAUGAAAGUAAAAUGGUGCCGGGAAUCUUUAACUAGUGAUUAGCUUGAAAGUGGGAAAUGGGGUAGAUGAUGUAUGAUGCGUAUAGGGUAGUAUCCACCGCGGACGGAGCUUGUGUCGAAGGAUUGUUUCAGUUGUCUUCUGGACAGUAGCCAGAGACUAUGGACGUUUUUAAAAUCGACCAGUCGCUCAGCGCGAAUGUGGGCAAUGCACCUCCCCCGGAAAAGCUGACGGCGGACGUCUCCUUCGACGCGGGCUCAGAGUUCAAUUUGAGUUUCUUCGAUCCACCUGAAGACAGCAACACCCAGGGAUUCAGUGACCCUGGAUCAGUGGGUUCCACCUCUGCACCCUCGCCGCCCCCGCAACUACACCCCGCUACUUUGCCGCAGGUGAUCACCGCCCCCAGCGCGAUACUGCUGCAACCCCUGCCUGGAGCAACUACUGGUGCCGCCUCCAGCCUUUCCAUCAAGCAAGAGCAACACUACGCUGCAGCGGACUCCAACAGUUCGACUCCGACAAAGUCGUUCGUCCCAUGCAAAGUGUGCGGCGACAAGGCGUCGGGCUACCACUACGGCGUCACGUCCUGCGAAGGAUGCAAGGGCUUCUUCAGGCGAAGCAUCCAGAAGCAGAUCGAGUACAGGUGCCUGAGGGACGGCAAGUGUUUGGUCAUCAGGCUCAACAGGAACCGAUGUCAGUACUGUCGGUUCAAGAAAUGUCUUGCCGUCGGGAUGUCCCGCGACUCUGUGCGGUACGGGCGUGUCCCCAAGAGGUCCCGGGAGCGGAGUGGGGAGGAUUCUGCGGCCCCUGCGCCACGUGUGUCCUCCUCGGACACCGAACAGUCAGAUGCCGAGACGAAACAGCUGGCCGUGUACGACGUGAUCCUGACGGUGUCGCAGGCCUUCCACGCCAACUGCGGCUACACCGAGGAGCAGACCCGAGGCCUCGUACGGAAACCUCUGCAGGCGCAACCGCCUGUAGCAGCUGGAAGUUCGAGUCCCGAGGGUCCAGAAGUGGCAUCCUCCACAGCAGAGUCCCUGGAGCAGCAGCGAGUGUGGUUAUGGCAGCAGUUUGCAUCACGAGUUACUCCAAGCGUCCAGAGGGUGGUCGAGUUUGCCAAGAGAGUGCCAGGUUUCUGUGACCUAAGUCAGGAUGAUCAGCUGAUCCUCAUCAAGGUUGGUUUCUUUGAGAUCUGGCUGGGUCAUGUAGCACGACUUACAUCAGAUUCCUCGCUUACCUUUGCUGAUGGCACCUACAUCACCCGUCAGCAGAUGGACCUCAUGUAUGAUCCCGAAUUUGUGUCGUCACUGUUUCACUUCGCGUCUACGCUAAAUGCAUUUGCUCUCAAUGACACAGAGUUGGGCCUUUUCUCUGCUAUAGUCCUCCUCACCGCUGACCGUCCGGGGGUCACGGACCUCAAGACUAUUGAGCAUCAUAAGGAUCGCCUCAUUGACGCCCUGAAAGUGCAGGUAUGCCGCAAUCACGCGAGUGAGCCACAGAUGUUGGCCAACCUGCUGCUCAAGCUACAAGAGCUGAAGAACCUAGGCGCAAAACACUCCGCUCACUUGGACUGGUUCCGCCUCAACUGGGCCAAGCUGAGACUACCCCCACUCUUUGCGGAGAUCUUUGACAUUCCUAAGUGUGAGGAGGACGUACAGUGAGAGGAUUAUAGGAGCCAACAUUCACUUGUUUCUCUUCUGUCAUACGUCUCUACUCUGCUGUUGGAACUUGGUACACACAGAUUUGACUGUUCCACCCAGGCCUUGGAGACUCUGCCAGGAGAGUUGGUGGUCACUGGGCACUGCAUGCUACGUAUCAGUGCAGAAGCGUUGUCUCUACAAAAGGGUGCGUGAAGUGGAAUGCUACAUGUGCUGACAUCUAUAUUUCAUGGGGGUUAUUACAACUAAACAGAGGAGUGUAGCCCAACAGUUUAUUUCAAACUGAUUGCACCACCACCCCUAACUUUCCUCUCCCUUUUGGCAAAGCUAAUAUAUCAGCUGACAGACAGGUAGAGUCAGUGGGGAGACAGUGCAUGGUCAUCUGCAAGACAACAAUAUAGUGCUCUCUCUGUCUCUCUCUCUCCCCCCACCCCUUUUCUUGCUCAAUGGUUGUUAAAUAAUGUGCUAAAGAUGACAUGAAGGUCACAAUAGAGCUAGGUGUAGCUCCACUCCACUUGCACCCCCACAAUCUAUUUUUAUCAUUACCUGUGCAUCUACAUUCAAUAGGCCUAUGUCUAUGACCUUGGCAAUAUACCUCCCACUAUGUGAGAAAAUGGUUAGCUCUUAACAUUAAUUUAUUACUUUACCGUGUUCUUUGCAGACACGUGUUGCUCACAUACUUUGUGCAUGGAAACAUAUCAUAAUAUAUAAAUAAGUAAGUAAGGUAGCAAAGUAUUGUGCAUUUCAAGCAUCUGGCAUCUUGACAGAUCUUAAAAUUCCUCUUUAUGAAAUAUAUUAUAAUGUAUAUUCGAUGUUGUGUAGUUGUAAAUAUUUAUUGAAAUAGAGAUGUUAUGAACUCAUUAUUAUAUUUAUAAGUAUCGAGGUUUUGGGCGAUGUUAGUCGGGGGAUGGGAUGGGCAAGUUAAGGAAUAAUAUAUAAAAAUAUAUAUAAAAAUAAAACUCUUUUUGUUAUGAUGGUAAGCUUGUUGUUAGACCAAUCAUAUCAAGACACUCUUUCUGAAGGGAUGGCAUGCAGGGACAACGUCAACAUCACAUCACAACAUUGUUUCUACUGCUUACAUUGCUGCUGUUUGCUUAGUUUGGUAGCAGCAUGCAGAACAAACCAUGAUAAUUCUCAUCACAUAAUGUGUUCAAAAUGAGAACAGCCGUACUGCUCUUUCCUACUGAGUAUUAAUUAGUAAUAACAAUAAUAACUGUUCUUCAAGCAGAUGGAGACACUAGGGGUGGAAUGGAUGAAUGGUAACAUGAAUAUUGUAAGGAGGGAGGGAAGGAAUGCAUAUGAUAUAUAGGAGGAAUUGUGUAGACACUUCUUCAGCCCUUAGUCUUGGUAUGUCCUCUAAGUACAAAAACAUUCUGUCAUAUUGCGUUAUAAUAUAAAUAAUUAUGAAAUGUACUUCAUACUAACGAAGCAUACAAUCUAAGCAAUGUUUGUAUUAUGCAUGCAUGUGUGUCUGUGUGAGAGAGAAAAUGGUUGUUGGUGAAUGGAUUAAUUAAUGAAAGCAAGAAGAGUGAAAGAUUGAAAUGAGUGAGUAAUAUUUAUCACGACUAUGCAUACAAGUAAAGCAACCAUGUGAAGCAUUAAAGACAAGCAAAUGGCACAAAACAUUCUUGAUUUUCAACUUAUAUGCAGCAAAGUAUCAUUCCUUCUGUUAAUGAUGACAGGUGUUCCUAUGCUAAGGAAGGGAUGCAGCAGAAUUUCAGAGCGCAACAUAGAAAGCAUGUAUUGUCUAAACAAAGACUGAGCUGUGUGUCUUAUUUCUUUCAGUGACAUUACCACAUUUUUUUGCAGCAGCAGCUUCAUUACAGGCUUACAAGAACAUAUCUUUGAAAAUUGAAAGCGAUGUUUUUGUUGAUGGUAGACAAAGGCGAUGCAUCAUUCUUUAAAAUGUACAAUGCCUAGGACUCACCUUAUAUGUAAGUUUGACAAGACAAAGCCUGCAUCUUGUAGGCCACCCAGAACAAACAUGCUUCUUAGAAUAAAGGUAUCAAAAACUGCAUCUUUGUUUAGUAUUUGAAAGUAUAUAUGUUGAAAGAAACAUCAUAUUUUAAAAUUUAUUUAUAUUAAAAAAGGAACUUUCUAUUAGCUCAACUCUUUGAAAUGGACAACUCAAUAACAACUGCUGAUAUGACGUUUGAAAGAUGUUCAAGAUAUGUAGAGAAUAAUAUUCUGUGAGACAUUCCAGUCACAAAUUGUACACCACUACCUUUACUGUACUGGUUGUUGGAAGAUUACUUAUUGUGUUUUCCCUAAUAUUUUAUAUCGAAAAUUCUGUUGAAAGCUGUUGUCUCUGUGGGUUUUAAUAAGUUCUAUAUAUGUACUUAACUUUAUGGGAAUUUUAAUAAUUCUAAAAAUGAUACUGCCAGUGAUAUAAACCUGUGUUACUAGAAUGUUAUGUUGUCUUCGUACAAAGUGAAACGAAAGACCUUUAUUUCCUGUACUUAAAGACUGCAGCAGAAGUAGUGCUGGUCAGUCCUGUGUAUGCACAGAUCUCACAUGUAAUUAUUGAAACAAUUUGAAAGGAAAAAUAAUUCACCUGCAAUAAUCAUGUUGUAUUUCAAAAAUACGUUACAAAUUAUUAAAAUGCAUUGAACGAUUUUAUGAUGUAAUAUGAAUUAAAACAAUGUAUGAAAUAUUAUUGUGAAUGAUGAAGAAUUUCCAUUUCUUUUGUCCAGGUGUUAAACUAUUUAAGUAUGAAAAGCAGCUGUAUGAGCAUAUUUCUGUUUCUAAAGAGUCAAUACUUUCUGUUUGUAAGAGGAUAUGCUUAUGUAUGUUUAGUGAUGGCAUGAAAAGGGGCCAGAACCCAAAGUAAUACUGCUUACUUUCCAACCCUUGUCAAGGUCAGAAGAAGUGUAAGUAUGUUGUUUGCAGUGGUCUGCCGUUGGCUUGUUUUUCUGCUAGAUAAUUCAUAGUAACCAAGAAAUAAAGGGGUGGAGUGAAAGAGGGCCUCUUGUAAGUAAGGUUACUGCCAUGAGUAGCCACACCACCAACCUUUCACUGCCUCAGCUUAUCUCUAUAAAGAAGUAUGUAUAAAAGACAAACAGAAAUGAUAUCUUAUCUCUUUAUGGUUUAGGUUCUAGUGGAUGGGAGACAUAUUCUUUAACAAACAUUCUUACUAUAAUGUUGUUAUAUCAGAAAUGUUAUUUUUUGUGUGUAUUUUAUUUUGCACAUAAGAAUUUUAUCUGAAUCUUGAUAACUUGGUUACAUGUUACUGUAAUAUAAUAAUCACUGUUGAUAAUUCUUAUUUGCUUUAAGUUAUAUUGAAGAAAUGGACACACAUAUUUGAGUGUUAUACAAAGGUCUACACUAUUUGUGGUAAUAAUUGUUAUUGUAUGUUUUUUCUACUGAAGGCUUUGCAAUUUUUUGUGACUUUGUGCUAAUGAGACAAAUCGAAUUUUAAAGUUAAUUAUCUAAAUCAAGCAUAAGAUGGUUACUAUUCUGUGUUACUGCUAGUAGUGGAUAUAAAAGAAAAUAUGUCUUUGUUACAUAAGAGAUUCCUUCUAAGUUUUAACGAUAAGCAUUAAUGACUAUUGUAUUAAUGCAAUCAUGACACUUUUGCACUACCCCUAAAACCUGUCAUUGGUGUUGUACUUUUUAAUAUAAAAUGCAUAGCCGAAUUAAAUGGGGUUGGAAUGA